AUGCCAGCGGCGGGGACAGUGCCCGUCUCGACGGCUCCCGUCGGGGCGGCUCGCAAGGAGGGGACCACAGACGUCUCGGACCUCGGGCUGACGGUGCCGGCGGACACGAUGCGGUCGCUCGCGGACGCCAAGGAGGACACGGGCAAGCAGGUGAAGCUCGCGAACGACGGGCCCGUCGUCGUCUGGUUCAAGAACGACCUCAGGCUCGACGACCACCCGGGGUUGGUGCGAGCCCUGGCCACUGGGCGCCCGGUCAUUCCGCUCUUCGUGCUCGACUGGACGCUCCACAAACCCAACACGGUCGGCCGCUCGGUCCUCCUCGGCGCCGUGAAGGCCCUCAGGAAGGCGCUCGAGGAGCGCGGCUCGACCCUUGUGGUCCGCGAGGGCCCCGCUCCCGCCACCGUCGCGAACUUCGUCCGCGACGUCGGCGCCGCGGCGGUCGUGGCGGAGUCCGACGUGGAGCACGCCUGGCGCGACGCCCUGAGCACCGCGCAGGAGGAGAUCGUCGAGCUCCUCGCCAACGUCGGCUCCACGUCCGCGCCCCCGCACGUCCAGCUGUGGACCGCGCCGCUCUACGACCCCGCGCUGUUCCUGGACAGCUACCCCGAGCACGGGCGCCGGCGCGGACCCGCGGCCGCGCCGGUCGACGCCCCGGACGCGCUCCCGCCGCUCCCGGCCGGCAUCGACGCGGGCGCGAUCCCGGACGGCGCGGGCGGCGGCGCCACGCACGGCGCCCCGCUCGGUCUGAACCAUCUGCCGUUUGUGCAGUCGGAUGUCGACGGCGCGCAGCUGUCGGAGGAGAUCGAGCGCGUGUGGGCGGGCGGAGAGGCCGGCGCGCGCGAGGCGCUCGCGGCGUACCUCCGCGCGGACGACGGCGGCCCGCGGACGCCGCUGGGCCGCAAGCUCGCGGCGCUGACUCCGCUGCUCGAGGCGCCGCAGGGGCCGGGGGGGUCGUUCACGUCGCUCUUCGCGGGCGCGCUCGCGCUCGGGACGCUGUCGCCGCGGCGCGUGCACGCCGAGGCCGUGCAGUACGGGCGGGACCGCAACGGCGGCAACUACGGCGCCACGCCGGCGACGCGCGCGGCGAUCUCCGCGUCCGACACGUGGGAGUUUCACCGGCAGAUGGGCCUGGUCGCGGCGAACUCGGACGCGACGGGCCCGUCGGGCGCGCCGCUGCGGCACUGGCGGUGGCGCGGCGUGCUGUCGGACUACGUCUUCGUGGAGGGCGCGGGCGGGAAGGGCGCGGGGCGGCCCGCGGUGCUGCUCGUGCACGGGUUCGGGGCGUUCUCGGAGCACUGGCGGCGCAACACGGCCGAGCUCGCGGCCCGCGGGUACGACGUGUGGGCCUGCACGCUCCCCGGCUUCGGUAGAAGCCAAAAGUCCCCCAUGCUCUACACGCAGUACCUCUGGUCCGACUUCGUGGGCGACUUCGCGCGCGAGGUCGUCGGCCGCCCCGCCGUCGUCGCCGGCAACUCCAUCGGCGGCUACAUCUCCGCGCUGGCCGCCGCCCGCGACCCGCAGCAGUUUGCCGGCCUGGUGCUGGUCAACAGCGCAGGCGUCAUCCGCGCGGGCUACGAGCAGGAGCGGCCCGUGCCGCCGAGCCCGAACCCGCUCGCCGUCGAGCUCGGCAGCCGCGCGCUCUUCCUGUACCUCCAGUUCGGCAUCAAGAGCACCCUCCAGCGGGUUUACCCAGUGCAGCCCCAGUUCGCGGACGAGUGGCUCGCGGAGGAGAUCGAGCGCGCGUCGCGGGACCCCGGCGCGCUCGACGUGUUCAAGUCCUCGGCGUGGCUCCCGACGCCCUGGCCGCUGAACUACUGCGUCGACCAGUUCGGCGGGCCCACCAUGGUGCUGCAGGGCGUGCUCGACCCGCUGAACGACGCCGGGGCGCGCGCGAACGAGAUCGAGCGCAUGUGCCCCGACGUGCGCGUCGAGCGGCUGCAGGCGGGGCACUGCCCGCACGACGAGGUGCCGGAGACGGUGAACGAGAAGAUGGACGACUUCAUUCGCGGUAUCGAGGCAGGCGGGGCGCGGACGCGGGCGACGGCGAGCGCGGUGAGCACCUCUGCGUGA